AUGAAUUGGUUGGGUCAACUCAGAAAUCUUGUUGAGCUUUCUUUGAACUAUAACUUGCUACAUGGUCCAAUUCCAAAAUCAUUAGGGUCAUUGCAAAAGCUUACAGAUUUAAAACUUGAUCACAAUAGACUAAAUGGGUCUCUCCCUGAUAGUUUAGGCCAGCUAUCUGAAUUGUCUUUCUUUGAUGUUUCUUUCAAUCAAUUUACUGGUAUAAUCACUGAAACACAUUUUUUAAAUCUGCAUAAGUUGAGAAGUGCAUAUCUCACUUCCAACUCUUUUGUAAUGGCUGUCAGUUCAGAUUGGACCCCCCCUUUCCAAGCACAACUUCUUUUCAUGGGUUCAUGCCAUUUAGGUCCUUCAAUUCCAACUUGGCUUAGAUCACAAAAGAAGCUCACGUUCUUGGAUUUGUCAAAUACUAGCAUUUCAGGCUCCAUACCUGAUUGGUUUUGGGAAAUGUCUUCUCAUCUUAUAUGGUUAAAUGUUUCCUCAAAUAAAUUGAAAGGUCAUCCACCAAUUCCAUUCAACCUGACUCUAGCUGUUGUUGAUUUGAGCUCAAACCAGUUUGAAGGACCCAUUCCUCUUCCAAUUGGUAAAACAGAAUUACUUGUUCUAUCCAACAAUAAAUUCUCUGGUCCUAUUCCAAAGAACAUAGGUGAUUCCCAACCAAACCUGAGACUUCUCUCUCUUUCAACCAACCAGAUAAAUGGAACACUCCCAAAUUCUAUUGGCACCAUGCAUAGCCUUGCAGCCAUUGAUCUCUCAAAUAAUAACUUAGUAGGAAAAAUGCCCAUCAACUUUCCAGAAUUUGUCAAGUUUAGAGACACUUGAUCUUGCUAACAACAAAUUAGUAGGCAACAUACCACACUGGCUUGGGAAAGGUUAUUUGGGGAGUUUGAGAAUUCUUAAAUUGAGAUCGAAUGCAUUUUUUGGUGAACUUCCAUCCAUGCUAUCAAAUUUAAGCUCAUUACAAGUGCUAGACCUUGCAGACAAUGGAUACAAUGGAAGCAUCCCAGCUAGCUAUGGAAAUUUCAAAGCAAUGAUACAAGUC